CGCGCGGGCUCUAGCGUGACGUGACACAGCACAGCAGACAGCUUGAGAGGUCCAUAGUGUCAAACAGCACAACAGAAAUUUAACUCUUCUUCAAAGAAAACCUUCUUGAUUCUUGAGUGACCUUGUACCAACCAUUUUAUUAAGCUAUUUUGUGAUUGUGUGCAGUCUGCAUAUUAUCUUUGCUAUUUAAUUACGACUCCGUUUUGUGCCAAAGCGGCCCUUCUUUAGGUUAGAAGUGAAAGUAAACAAACCGCGUACCGCACUUUAUUUAAGGUAGUUUAGUUAUCUGAUCCAUAAUGCAAGCCGUUUUGGGUGGCGGAAUUAGCGGUCUAAGUGCUGCUUACUACCUACAGAAAUUGGGAUCCAAAUCUAAAGUACUUGUGUACGAAGGAAGUAACAGAGUUGGGGGAUGGAUCUGGACUUCAAGACAAAAAAAUGGCAUUUUGUUUGAACAAGGUCCAAGGACUAUUAGGCCACGGUUUGAGGCAGGCUUAAAUACUUUACAACUUGUCGAAGAGCUAAAUAUUGCAAAUCUGGUGAGGGGGAUUCCCGUUAGUCAUCCAACUGCGAAAAACCGGAUGAUAUUUGUUAAUGGCAAGUUACACACUUUGCCCUCUUCGCUGCGAGACCUUUUUAUACGUAGACCACCAUUUUCCAAACCCCUUGUUGCUGCUUUAUUUCAUGACAUGAGAGCAAAGAAAAAAGUGCUAGAUGAUGAAAGCAUCUACAGUUUUGUUGAAAGGAGGCUUGGACGCGACCUUGCCGAAUACGCUAUAAGCCCCAUGAUCUGUGGCAUAUGUGCUGGUAAUGCUAAAGAAAUAUCAGUAAAGUUCCUGGCAAAGAGCCUUUUUGAGUUUGAACAAGUACAUGGAUCAAUUACUAAAGGUUUACUAGCCACUGCAUGGCAAAACCGAAAGAGGAUCUGGAGCAGGGCUGAUAAAGCACAACUUGCCUCUGACUCUUUAGCGCACAGAGCAAAACAAGAACGUUGGAGUGUUUGGUCCUUGGAAGGUGGUUUAGAGGUGUUACCACAAACUCUCUUGAAAACUGUCCAGUCCCAAGGAGCUAAAGUUGAGCUGAAUGCUAAUUGCACUCAAAUUGUUUUCAAUGGAGACGGGGCUGUUUUAACCAUAGGAGAUAAAAAUGUACAAGCUAAAAAUGUAAUAAGCACAAUACCAGCUGAAAGACUUGCUCCUCUUCUAGUGCAGCAUCCCUUCCUUACUGAGGAGCUGGGCAAGAUAUCAUCUGUUACGGUUGCUGUUGUUAAUAUAGCAUAUAAAGGAAAUGUUCUAAAUCAUAAUGCCUUUGGGUUCCUUGUCCCUCCUUCUGAAGAGAGACCAAUUCUUGGAGUUAUUUUUGACACUUGCUCAUUUCCACAAGAUGGAUUCAGUGUGUUAACCGUGAUGAUGGGAGGUCAUUGGUUUGGUUCAAGACUUGGAAAUUCUCCUACUAAAGAUAGCAUUUUGAAAACUGCUAUCUCAGAAAUUCGUUCCAUUCUGAAAAUUUCUGAUGACCCAUGUGAUUCUCAGGUUUCAAUUUUAAAAGAUUGUAUACCACAAUAUGUGGUGGGGCAUCAUGACAGAGUACAGAAGAUUCGUGAAUAUAUAUUGAAGCACAAGCUACCUCUCUUAUUAGCAGGUAGCUCAUAUGAUGGAGUGGGUGUAAAUGAUGUUAUCUUCUCUGCAAAGCGAGCAGCAGCAAACUGUUAAUAUUUUAAAGAAAAAAAUAUUCCUUGUUUUACAAACAUACCCACAAUCUGGGAUAGGUCCUUAAAUAAAUUAUUAAGUUCUGAAAUGUUUUUGUAACAAAUUAUAUUUUUAUUAAAAUUAUUUUAACGGAAUGAUAACAACAA